AUGUCAUCCACCGCCGGCUUGGACAUCAUGUCCUCUCCAGAUCCGCUCGGUGACCCAAUUACGAGCUCCAUGUCGCGUGUGACACGCAGCAUGGCUCGAAGUCAGACAUCAACACAGAGGUCACUACGGCAGGGCUCUAUUCUGGCUAGCUCACCCAGAAAACAAACCUUUGAGCUCGACGUGGGUAACGAGCGAUCACCACAAAGGAUACUCGUAACCGUCGAGGCUGAAGACUCAGCCUCCCGCCAAACCCAUGUCAAUCGCCGACUAUUCCCACCGCAAAAGCAAGCAACGCCGCGAUCUCCUGCUCGCCGAAAGGUGCGCACGACAACGACGACAGUUCCGCUGAGAGGCCUCACCGAUGACGAGGGGCCAGGAGGUACAGAGACGCCGCGGAGGAGAGGAAGGCCUCGGAAAUCAGGUACACCGAUGCCAUUGAAGACAGGCACGCCGAAGCCCUCGACCAGAAAAAGGGCCGGGAGUCCGCUGGAAAGCUCACCCCGGAGGACUCGUAGGUCGGUGUCCAGAACGGCAGACUCGGCGUCGGAAAUGGGCGACGAAACCGAGGACAACCAGGAGACACCGAGGCCCAGGCCCAGAAAGUCACCCGUAAAGAGAUCGAAAACGCCGGCCAGGAAGACGGCAGCAGCGCCAAAGGCAGAUGCUCAAGAUACUGGAACUGCGAAGAGGAGAGGAAGACCUAGACGACAAGCCCUGGUCCCAGCCGAGAUGGAGGAGAUGGCCGAGCAGGAUACCUUGACAGAGAGCAUACCAAAUGUGAUCCCAGCCAGAAAUGACGACACGGGAGAACAAGGCCAGAACGAUACUUUAUUGUCGACAAUCAAUGUAUCAACGGACGGGUCUGUUGCCGGGGAUGAUGCGGAUGAAGACGAUAUGUGGCUCGCGAACCUGUCUGAAUCUCGCUCAGCACCAGCAUCAGAGAUGGGGCAAAGCAGGGCUGACGAUGCCGAUCCACCAAGUACUUUGGGUGGCGAUCAGGAGGAAAGGUCGCACUUGACCUCGGAUGCUCCCAUCUCGGUAACCACCGAUGGAGAUAACGACGGUGACUUGAUGGACUUUGGUGCCGCUGACAGAAGUGACACCGAGUCGUUGGCAACAGAGAGCGUUGCACCUACGGAAACGGACCGCGACACCAUUGCCCAAGGAGAGGAUUUCAGCAUGAUCAUGAUGGAUUCAAUCGUAUCCUUCCGCGAGUCUCGGCAGUAUCGCGAGGAAAGCCUGCCCGAAAUGGGAGAGGCGACAAGUUUCAUUGUUGACAGAGCGCUUGAAUCCAUCCGGCACGGGCGGCCCGAUGACGAGCAGGUACACUUACAGGCUGACCAGCCAACCGGACAGCAGAACGGCCACUCACCAAAUGCCGCAAACGAGGCUGAAGAGGUAGAGGAAGACAACUUGCCACAAAUACCAACGGAAUCUACUCCUGUAAUUACCAGCCGACUUUCAGGGGUGAUGGACAGUCGGUCCAAGACUCUAUCGCGGAGCCCUAGACGUGGCAAGACUGCCACUCCUCUCAGUAGACAGCUUGCCAUGAAGUCUCUGCGACAGGAUGAGUCGCUAAAUGACACGCCUUUGGCUUCGCGGGCAGCCAAGGCUGACGCUGCUCGAGAAGAGUCGACACUCUAUGAUGACUCCUUUUCGGAGAUACCAGAUGCCGUGUUAGAGGCAGCAACACCUCGUCCGCCCAGAAGACACGUCGAGGACGAAUCAGGGACGCAAGAGGAGGUUGAAAAUGUCGAGGAGAUAUCCAAUGACGGGGCACUUGAGGCUUACGAAAACGAUGCCGAGGAAGCUGCAGAUCCAUCUCGAGACGGCUCGGUGGUGGAACCAGAAGCCGCUGCAGCUGCACAGGGCCCACAUUCGGAUACCGGUAGCAUGCUUUUGACCCCAGAAGAGACGCCGUCGCCGACAAAUGAUGAAGCCUGUGCCGAGGAAGCUAUCGAUGAACCCAUCCCUUCUGACGUUGCAGAGGAAGAUUUGCGCUCGUCUCCCCCUCUUCUCCGACUUGCUAUGAGCACUUCAGGCGCAAGCGGCGGGCGGCAUAUGAGGCACAAUUCGACUGAGACACCUGUCGACCAGUUCCCACCUGAGAUGCCAUCUGCACCUCCGGUAGCUGUGGCGGCCGCUGACAGACUUGACUUGCCGUCUCUCACUGCACGCCCCCUACUUUCACCAAUUGUCAGGGCCGGACGAGCACUGCAAACGGUAACCUCUGAUCCACCAUCGCCCAAGGGUCGGGAGAGCCUCCUUCGAAGUCCGUUCCGGUCCUCCACCACACGAGACAGCCAGGAACAGCAGCCGUCUAGCAGACAGUCCAUAAGUGUCCCUGAGCAUAAUGUUUCAGAGGCACCACAAUCGCCGCCGGCAGCUACUGCCCCGGAACCUCAGUCUACCCAAAGAAGUCAAAGGUCGUGGGUCCAAACUUUCAACCCAAUGAAGCAGAUAAAGAACAUAGUGUCGCAAAGUGCACAGAUGUUCUCGUCACCAAAAUUCACCAUGCCAGAGGGGAUGGAUGAUCCUUUUGCCCCAGACCCAGACAUGCCAAAACCCGCAGCUUCACGUCAUCAGGCCAAUAGUCCAAUCACGCAAGAACAGGAAAGAAUUUCAGAGCCUGAGACGCGCUCUGUGGCUGCCAACGAUACCUUACAGGAAGAUGGGAUGGACUGGGAGCCAUCGGAAAGUCCUACUGAAGCCGUUGCUCGCAGAGCAAGAAGCGCUUCUGCUUCCAGCGUCUUCACAAAUAGAGCAUCCGCUCAAGCUGCAGCGAUCGAUGCCGAAUCCGAAAUGGAGGAUGCUAUGGCCACUGAACCGGAACCACAAAACCCCAAUGUUCAGUCUGAAGCUGUUGAUAUGGACGAGACCGAGGAAGAGGAAGAAGAAGACGAAGAUAUUUGGGCAAUCGAGGCACAGCGUCCUAUUGGCUCACCAAGAAAGGGUACCAAGGCGCAUGACCCGACACUGAACCGCUGGGGCAGAGGUAAAUCACCGAGCCCAUGGACCAAGGCGCAGAACGAACCGUCUUUCCAUGAGACGGACGACUUCUCUUUGCUAUCAGCACAUGGACGAGAUGCAUCACAGCUACCGCAAUCUCGACAAAACCCGCAACCAUUCCAAGUCUCAGCUCACGCAGUGCCUGCCAGGCGGGUCGAUCUGUCUACAUUCUUUUCCUCUCCUGCCGUUGUGCCUGGGAUGCAGUUAUAUGCAGAGGAGGAUGCUUCUCCGGAAAAGCCUCCAAGCCGACAACAAGCAACAAGGGAGAAUAUCCAACCUUCAUCCGUUCGGCAAAAGGCGUUCCGGCCAAACAAUGGCCAGAACAGGAGUAACCUGUUCUCACCUGCACCAUUUCGCCCGGCGAGCCAGACCCAAUCCCAUCAAAGCCUCUUUGCUCCGUCGUCUGCGGCGUCAACUAGACAGCAACAGUACUCCCACGUGCCACAGAAGCGUAACUUUGCUCCAUUCCUCAGCAAGCCCAGCGUAAAUGUAACCAACUCACUCUUUGGUACAGCCAAUAAUUAUGCGCGACCCCAAAGCGCAUCAAGUCAAGUCUCUGAAGACAUCGAUCAGGAGUCGUACGAGGACGACGAGGACACCCAUGAGCGUAGCAUUGUCAGAGAUGACGAAGAGGUCGACGAGUCUAGUUUCAUUGCGCCCAUUCUGAAGCCAUUGCCAGAACGAACUGCCUCUCCGACCAAGUCAUGUUUGCGCUCUCCUCUCAAGCCCAAGACACCUGGCCCGGUGGUUGAGUUUUCGACUAGCACGCUAUCGCCCUUGGCGCAGGAGGAGGCAAGGGCUCGCAGGGAGCGCGAAGCUUACGGAUACGACCAGGAUUACCAAGCCGACAUGCAGCCGACACGCACGUUGGCUACCGAGGACAACGGAGACAAAGAAAACAUGACCAGCAGUUCGCGUCUCACAAUGCUCGCCAACAAGGCAAUCCCGAAGCUGACACCCGCAUCAUCCUCACUCCGCCAGCCUCUCACCGCGCCAAAGGUGACUUCUUCGUCGGCCCCCUUAUCUCGAACCGAGUGGACGAAAGCCCACUGGGUUCAGAUGGACCUAUUACUGCAAGAAAGACGCCGGGGGUCACUCGACUUUCAGCUCCAACACCGCGGUGUUGGACUCGCUCAGCGUCGUAGGUCUGCAGCGCUUUUGGGCAAACUUGUAUCAGCCCAGGGUGAAUCGAUGGCACUUGAGCAGUGGCACCUGGACGUCGUUGAUGCUUUCCGUUCCGAACUUUGCGGAGGCGACGAUACCCUCUUUUGUGCUUGGGAUGAACAUGUGCUCGCGAAGCGGUUGUUUGCUUUGCUCGUUGGCGAGGAACGGAGGAAGCAGAAGAAGGCCCUUGCUGGCGAUGGUCCCGCCAGUACCUCGGCAUUUGCCGCCCGUACAUAG